UUUCAAUGUAGAAAAUCUAGAAUAGAUCUAGAUCCUAGUAAGUAAUUUAAGUUUAUUAAAAAGUGCACCUUCUAGAUUAGAUCUAGGUCUAGAUAUCUUGUGCUACAGCAUCAAAGAUGUUGGCUACAUCUUGUCCCAAGAGCAUAAGUUGAACUGCACUAUUUAUUAAUAUUAUUCCUCAUUCAGGCGCCAAGACAUUUUAAAAUAAAAGAAGUGCAACUAUAAUCAACUGAGAAUCAACACAAAGCUUGAAGAGUCUAUGAGCAGAUCAAUAAGGUCUGAACAUUUUCAAUAUUGAAAUACACCAAUCAUCUACUUGGGCUAGGACUAUAGAUUUUAGUGCUGUUCAUCCCUUCAUUGUUCAAAGCAAAUAAAAUAUCAUAGAGCUCAAUCUGAUUCACUUUGACGUCUUUGUUUCCAAGAAUGUGCUUGAGGUGGUUGUCCCAAUUUGCAAGUGAACACAGACUGCUGUAGUGUCAGGCUGGGCGGAAGUUAUAGAACCACCACUUGGACCCUUGGGCAUCAUGCCCGAAAUUGUUGAAGCGCCAUUCUUGUUUUCCGAACGGUUCUACCUAGCGUGCCUCAUGUGCCUUGGAACAGCCGUCGUCUACGCAGUCCGCAUCAACCUGUCAGUGGCUAUUCUGUGCAUGGUGCGCAAGGCGCCUGCAGUCACAAUCACAAACGACAACGACACCGAUUGGGAGCAUCCCAAGAGCGACACAUACUGUGACAGGAUUCUUGCCUACAAAGACGCCACUGAAAAACAAUUUAAAGGAGAGUUUGACUGGGACAAAGGAACGAUUGCCCAACUUUUAGCCAUGUUUUUCUAUGGUUAUAUCUUGACACAAUUGUUGAGUGGAUGGUUCGCUUCACGUUUCGGUGGUACCAAGGUGUGGGGCUGGAAUAUGUUUAUUAGUGGUCUUUGCACCGUGCUCACCCCAUUGCUUGCAAGGUCGCACAUUUCACUGUUAUAUUUUGUUAGGGUAGUCAUUGGCUUCUGUUCGGGUGUUGCUUUACCAUGUGUUUAUUCAAUAUUGGGUCAUUGGGCUCCCCCAUGCGAAUCAAGUAAACUUACAUCAUUAAGUUUUGCUGGGUUAGCUGUUGGUAGCAUCGCAACACUUUCAACGUCCGGUCUUUUGUGUCAUUAUGGCUUUGAUAACGGCUGGGGGUCAAUAUUUUACAUUUCAGGGUUGGUGACAUUGCUCUGGUCUGGACUCUGGCUGACAAUGACAACGGACCUACCUUCAGAGAACUAUAGGAUAACAACCCUUGAAAGAGUUUACAUUGAGACCUCCAUCGGUAGAGGCGGCAUGAAAAAGCUUCACCGAGUGCCAUGGGAGGAUAUUCUAACGUCACGUGCUGUUUGGGCCCUCACGAUAUCUCAUUUCUGUAACAACUAUAUUUAUUAUACAAUGAUCACACUGGUGCCAACUUAUUUAGACGAGAGUUUUAACUUCAACAUUCAAGAGAAUGGCAUGUUGUCGUCUUUGCUAUACCUCUUCGAGUUCUUUACCUCACUAUGUGUUGGUUACGCUGCUGACAACAUCACACACAACAAAAUAUUGACCCUGCUGAUGGUCAGAAAAUCGUUCCAGCUAGUAUCUCUUAUAGGGACAGCUUUUGGUUUGUUGCUAGUAGCUCAGAUCACAACCUGUGAGAACCGCUACUGGGCAGUAUUUCUGCUGUGCCUAAGUUCUGGCUUCAUGACAUUUAACCGUGCUGGCAUUUUAGUCAACCACCUUGACCUGGCUCCUGGAUAUGCCGGUAUUUUAUUUGGAUUGACUAACACAUUUGGUACAGUGCCUGGAAUGAUUGCACCCGUCAUUGCUGGAUAUCUUACCCCCAACAAAACCACAGAGGAAUGGAGAUACGUCUUCUACUUGUGCGCACUAGACGCCGUAGCUGGGGCCUUGGUCUUCACAUUCUUCGGCGAAGUUGAGCUGCAGCCCUGGGCCAUGGCACCCGAAAAGAAGGCCAAAAAGAAUGCCCAGCAGGACACUGAACUCUCAACGACUACCACAAGUCAAUUGCAAGAGGUCAUGGACAUUCCGCCGCCCACCAAACUCUCAAGUGAAGACGGCAGUGUUUAAUUCUUUUAGAAGUUUGAAGAGAAAGCAGCGACAUUCUCACUGACAGUUUGAAAUAAGAUUACUUGAAAAUACAAUCCAGUACAAAGGUUUCAAAUGGUGAUACAUGUCCAUCCAUAUUUUUCUACAUCUCAGAUUCAGCCUAUUAGAGCUAUAAGUGCCUUGACUUUGUUUGUCCACUCAUUAAUAACGUAUGCUUUAAUUAAAUAUGCUGAUUGCUGAUGUAUUAUUUGGAAUACAAGAUUUAAAAUUUCCAACAUUCAAUGUCUUGAUUCUCUUACAAUGUAGAUAGAUACGGGUGGUGUUUUAACUCAUAAAAGGGACUCAUACUUACUAAAAAGGGUGCAGACAAAUGAAUAAGAAAACAUAUGUAUUGAUCUCAAUUGGCUAUAUUUCAAUAGUAUAAACUUAAGAGAUUGUUUUUGAGCACAUUUUAAGAGAACACCAUAUAAAUUACAACACUUGUGUUGCCUAAAACUGUCAAUAAUAUUAUAUAUACAUUCAUUAUAAACUUGAACAAGACAUAUGUAAUUAGCAUUAUAUUAUAAGCUAUAAUUAACUUGACAUUGACAUUUUAUUUGUAAUUAUGUUAAUAAUUGAUUAAACAUGAAAUAUAUUUAAUAAGAUUGAACUGGCCUUUUUAGUCACAGGAGAAGAUGCAAGGGUAAAAGAUCACUCCCUUGGGACGUAAAAUGACCGAGAGAGCGAUCAAUAAAUAUGUUGUUGUUUGUUUAAAUAUUUUUAGCAUUGAAUGUUAUCUUUGCAUUCUAACGUAUUUAGUAAGACAGUGCUUGAUUUUUUCCUUUGAUAUAAAUGUCUAAAGCUAGAGUAAAGCACCCAAACUCAAUUAGUUUGAAUCGUCAUGUUAUGACAUUUGUAUUAGAUCUAGAACAAAUCACCAAAGAGCAAUAAAUCUAAAUAAGCAUUUAGUAUGCACAGUCGAAUAAGCAUCUUGGAAAAAAAAAGAUUUAAAAACGGGACUUCGUGUUAAUCCUUUACAAUAGGGUUUCGAAAAAUAAAGAAAUGUAUGAAUGCAUUUAAUCCGCAUGGGUCUCCAAUAAGCUGUAUGUUCAUUAUUAUUUUGUUUGUUGUCCAAUACGAUAUGAUACACUGUUUGCUGAAGAAAAAAUAUUGAAACUUUUUUUUUACAACAUAAGAUGAGGAAGAAUUCGUCCAUUUCUGUGAGAAUUUAUUUAAAUUGGUGACACUGCCAGUCAUGUCAUUCAGAGUACUGCACAAAGCACUUCCACCACGUCACCGGAGAUACUUGUGUAGAUAAACAGAAAUAAUGUAAAGGAACUAUUUGCUUUCUCAAGUAAAAAUCACAAAAUGGUCGAAUUGUUUACUUUUAAAGAUCAAACUGUUUUUUUAAAGUGAAAAUCCACAAAAAGGUCGAACUGUUUGCUU